UGCAAAUGCGCCUAAGCCGAAUUUUAAUAUAGACCAGCUCAACGUCAAUUGGCUUUGAAGCGCGCAAUGCCCAGGGAGCGCAUCGCUAUUGACGGGCUCUGGCGAUGUUUAUGUCCCUCGGUAGACAUUAUUACCCUCUCGAGGUUGAUCAGUCCGCCUCGCCAUCCUCGUCAACGAUCGAUUCUUUCCGCCAGCAGCAACACCCGGAUCACUUGCAGACACGGCUGGCGAGAAUACCAUUCCGAGGCUCCUGAGAUUCCCACUAGCAACCGCCAUGAAGCGAUCGAAAAAGCACGUAUCAGGUACUUUCAACGACUAGCGAGACGAAACCCAUGGGCUCCCAAAGUCCUCUUUCAGGGUGUCAACGCAUUCGCUACUAAACUCUAUAAAUUCUCCACGAAGACUAUAUACGGCGCUAUCAAGGAACUCACCAGAGCUGAAGGUACUUAUUUGACGGUUGUAAGGCUAGUCGAGUAUUUAGUGAAGGAGAGGAAAGAGAGACCAAAUCUCAUGCUUUACGAGAGUCUGAUUCGGGCAAAUGUUGAUAAAGAUCAUGGAUCCGCGGAGGUUGCUGGUCAGCUUCUCGAAGAGAUUGAGAGUCUGAACUUAGCGGCUACGCCACAGGUCUAUCAGGCUAUUUUAGAGGUCACAGCUGUCCAUCCUGACUAUGCUCUCCGAAGUAAGGCACUCUUCGAAAUGAAGAACCGGUGGUAUUCGCCGACAACGGAUGACUUGACGAGUAUCAUCAUCGGAUUACUGAGAGAUAAUCAGUAUGAACUUGCGCUAGAGAAGCUGGAAGAGAUGCGAAAGAUUCCUGUCAUGGUCCCAAAUUGGCUCUAUGAUAUAUUCCUCUAUAUAUUUGGGGAGAAAGGUUUCCACGAGGAGACACUGUCGAUCCUCAAACACCGAUUAAACAUCGCCAAUGCCGCCGAUGAGUCGCUAUCCCCGAACCUGUGGCUUUUCCUUCUCGAUGUCUUCAGUCGAGAUGCAUUUUACGAUGGAAUCAAAUAUAUAUGGGAUCAUUCAGUCUCGUCCGGAUAUAUUAAUCCUCCUGACGGCGUCGUAAUGAACGUGCUCAAUGCAGCAUCUAACCACGCGGAUGCGCCAUUAGCUAUGAGCACAAUUCAAAUGCUUUCGAGCCGCAGCAGGAAACUUGAGUUGCACCACUACGAAGCUCUUAUAGAUAUACAUGCUCAGCAGAAAGACCUUCGAAAAGCACUUGUUGUCCUAUGUAUUAUGGCCAAAGCAGGCGCACGCCCUGACCUCUCCAGCACAAGAUCCAUCUUUCAGGUUCUCCGCAAAUCAUCCUCGGAGACCGAUAAUGCCCUGGCUAUAUUGCGUGACCUUGCAUCGCACUAUAAAGUGCCUAGUGCUGCGUUCAACGUGGUUUUAGAGGCUACCGAAGUCCAUCACGUAUUUAAGGUAGCCUUGGACUUGUAUAGAAAUAUUCGGCAAUUCUGUGUCGACGGGCCAGAUCUUGAGACUUACCAUGUCCUCUUUAGUCGAUGUACGAGGGGGAGGUCCAUGAAUUUCCUAUUGACGGAGAUGCGGAUAUUAGAGAUCGAGCCCGUCGAAGAGACAUACAAUCAUCUAAUCCGAAUAGCUUGCUUGCAGGAUAACUACGAACAGGCCUUCCAAUUCCUCGAGAAGAUGAAGGCUAGCAAGACGGCGGGCUUGCCUAAUGAUUGGUGGAUGAGUAAAGGUUCAGCUCUAGCACUUAUCAGAAGGUGCAUCCAAGCAAGGGAUAUAAGAGCACAGGAACUCGUGGAAGGAUGCCGCAAGCGAGGCAUGUCUAUUAACAAGGAAUUGCGACAGCUACUUGACGGCCUGCAAAAGCAGAAGCAAGAGCAGAAGGAGCUAGCCGAAACAGACGGUGCUUUACCUACACCUCCCUAUGUCUAUGGGGAGAUUGCCGACAGUUCCGUCAACUCUGUGCCUGCCAGCUAGCUAAAAGCUUAACUCGCUGUCAGACAUGGUGGAGGGCAAGAUCAGUCGAAAUAAUCCAAACCAGAAAGUUAAUCGUCUUUGAGUUCGUGACUUGAAUGAUUCGAUUGCAACUUCUCAGCGAAUUGUGUUUUCUUUCCCCGGUAAGUUUUUCGGGUUUCAAAUCGCAGCUGCGGAAGCUCAACGAUCUUGACCUCUAUAACUUAACUUUCCAAG